AUGUCAGCAGAGCUGACGAACAGUCGCUUCAAGGCGCCCCAUGACGUAGCCCCAGCCACCGAAUUGCGCGUACCAUUGCUUAUGCACGCUCAGAAACGAACAAGUGCCAGGAUGCCCUACGGGAAACUCCACGUUCUACCUUUGAGCCUUUUUAUCCUGAUCCCAGUGACGUUCCUAAUUACGUACACUAUAUCCGUGCAAUGGGACCAUGUGGUGCCAGGAUUCCCAUACAUAUCGGAAACGGGUACCCUGUCUCCGGAAUCGUGUAUAUUUGCUCAGUUUCUUAACAUAGCAGCGUUACUCCUCGCCUGUUGCGUGUACAUCAGACAUCGACAAGUUUCCCAAUGGCAGUUGGAAAGGGGCAACGAUCUCGUUAGCAGAAGAAUCGUUGUUGUGACGGCUUGGUCUGGCGCUUUAGCCUGCUUCGGCCUCGAUAUUCUUGCCAAUUUUCAAGAGGCCCGCGUAGUCGCGGCUCACAUGAUCGGAGCUAUGACAUGUUUCUCCGCUGGAACCGUGUAUUUUUGCCUUCAGACGUAUUUGAGUCACAAAAUGAUACCAGCAGUAAACGGCAGAAUCGUGGUUUACAUUCGCGUGGCUCUUUCAGUAAUGACGUUAAUUUUAACUGUAGCCACGAUCAUACCCGGCUACAUUUCAAUGUUAGAAUUUCAAGGUAACGAUUACAAGAAAUGGUUGCCAACCGAUGGUGGCUGGGGCUGGCACGUCGCUAGUGCCAUUUCUGAAUGGGUUCUAGCGAUUGUCUAUUGCGCUUUCCUUCUCACAUUCGUACCAGAGUUUCGAUUAAUCAACUUCGAGGAUCCUGUGGUCACGCUGAUAUAUCUAGACAAGGAUCAAGGCGCGAUACUGUCGCACAAGUUGAACCAGCAAGUUCAAGGCUCCUAA